AUGGAACACUGUAUUCCUGCUAGGAAGUUAGUUAGGAGUGCGGACAAGCAAGCAAAGACGGCCACAGCAAAGGUGCAGACGCCAAACGGAUUGUGUGCAACGCUAGCGGAGGAUGAGCUCCUGGUUCCACAGGCUGCGGCGCAAGACAGCCGGGGCCUCGGCGAUCGCGAGCGCCGCCGCCGUCGCCGAACCCCCGGCGCCGCCUCCCUGCUCGCCGAACAGGGCGUCCUACUACGUCCCAAGCCGGGACCGCGCCCUCGCCCUCCCGCGCCCGCCCGGCCGUCGCCAGGAGGACAACCCAAAGCUCCGGGACACCCGCUUCCCCCGCGCAGCCCGCAGCCGAGCGACAUCGUCUUCGACGUCGUCGCCGCCCGCCGCGACGACCAGUUCAGCGCCGCCGCCGCGCCGGAGCUCAAGCUGCGGCCCAUCCUCACGAGGCUGCCGCCCAGGCCAGACGCCGACGCCGACGCCGACGCCGGCGGCGGCAGCAGCAGCGCGGCCGCGUCGCCCACGGGCAGGGCGCGCCCACCACCACGGUUCCACACCGCGAAGGGCGGGGCGGCGCCGCCGGACCACCAUAGGCGGAAUAAGGCGGAGGAGGAGGAGGAGGCCUGCACGCGGAAACAGAGCCGGAGCCGGUGCCGGAAGCUGCGGCGCGCCGGCAGGCGCCGGUGGGUGUACGAGAGCCUGGUGGUGGUGAAGGAGUCGGCGGACCCCGAGGAGGACUUCCUGGAGAGCAUGGCGGAGAUGAUCGCGGCCAACGGCGUGCGGUCGCCGCGGGGACUGGAGGAGCUCCUCGCCUGCUACCUCGCGCUCAACGCCGCUGACCACCACCGCGCCAUCGUCUCCGCGUUCCGCCGCGCGUGGCUGCACCUCCACCUGCACUGCGCGCCGCCGACGACGCCGACGCCGACGCCGACGCUGGCGAGGGGACAGCGCUGCAUGCAUGAGCAUGAAUCGUGCGUCGUUGUAGAUUAG